AUGGACGGAGAUAUAUUCGAACAGCCACUGACAGCUGAAUCAUUGCAGCAAAUUUUGGCUUUUUUUAAGAAAAAUGGUUUGACGGAAUCCGAGGAAACCUUGUCAAGAGAAGCUGCAACCGUUUUACACCUUUCGAAAAAUGACGUUGAUGGUGACAGUAAUAAUGACGCUAUUAUGCACGAAUUCUCUACGCUUCUGGGUCAUAUUGAUUCUUCCUUUGACAAUUUCCGAGCAGAACUAUCUGCUUUAAUAUUUCCGAUAUUUGCUCACUUAUAUAUACAGCUUGUUGCUGAAGGACAUAGUUUGCAAGCGGCCUUAUUCAGUGAGAAAUUUUGUCGAUAUAUACCUUCGAUGUACGAAGAACAGGCAAAAUUGCUUACCCGCAUUUCUACUCAUAGUCAGGCCGCUAAUCAUGCAUUGGUUCAGGCUCUAACGAAGAACCAGUUUGCUGUUCGCAUAUCAAAAUCAGCAAUCAAACAACUGGAACCUUUCUUAACCCGAAAUAGCAUUGUUCGGGACGUGAUGCGAGAUCACUUGCACAUUGAAGCAAUUGAUGGUUCGCGGACAAAACCAGCUACAGAAGCAAGCCUGGGAGGUAUUCUUGGUCAAAUCAGCAAACAAGAAAGACGGCAUAAAAUGUUUUAUGGGACAAUUAAGGAAGAUUUUUCAACACAGUUAGGCCUUGAAAAAAAACGGCCAAAAGUUAAAGAAAGAAAUGAUAGCAAAAAAAAGGACGCAAAUGGACCUACACCUGAUCGAAUACCUCUACCAGCAGCCAGUGAAAAGAGAUAUAUGAAAGAAUCGGGUAAAAAAAUGCGCAUUUGUGUUGACACACCACCAUCUGUCUGUCUUUAUACAGUGCUGAACUCUCCUGGUGGUCUUACAGCAUCUGAUAUUGCUGAAGACAGUGGAGCUUUGGCGUUGGGUUUUGGAAAUUCCAGAAUACAGAUUCAUGCACUAAAUGAGGAGAAAUUUCGACCGUACAAAAAAAUCGAUCAGUUGGAACUAAUAGAACAAGAAUCUGAGGAUGCAUUGGAUCAGGUUUACGAUGACACGGAAGCGUCGACAUCUCUUACCUUUCAGGGUCAUAGCGGGCCAGUUUAUUCGUUGUCAUUUUCUCCCGAUAAACGCCUACUGCUUUCAUCAUCACGUGAUGGAACAGUUCGUUUGUGGAGUCUCGCCGUUCGUAGUAAUGUUGUGGUAUAUAAGCAUGCUGCACCAAUUUGGGAGGUGCAGUUCUGCCCACGUUCUUAUUAUUUCGUGACUGGUAGUGCCGAUGGUGCUGCAAUGCUAUGGACAACCGAUCGUUUGCAACCAUUACGCAUUUUCUCAGAUGCAUUGUCAGAUGUCACCUGUAUUGAUUUCCAUCCAAAUUGUAAUUAUUUCGCAGGUGGUAGUGACGAUCGCUAUGUACGUAUUUGGGAUGUUUUAUCUGGAACAUGUGUACGAUGCUUCGCGGGUCAUAAAGGAUCUAUUCGAGGAUUAAAGAUUUCGCCCUGCGGUCGGUAUUUAGCAUCAUUGGGAAGUGAAGGAUCACUUGUUCUCUGGGAUAUGGCAGUGCAAAAGAUGGUUUGCAUGCAGGAUGUCCCUGCACUUCCAUGCCAGGUACCGGUAGAGUUCUCACGUGAUGGAGCAGCCUUAGCCGUUGCACAAGCCGACUCAGCGUUGUCAUUUUAUUCUGUGGAUACAGUUACAGCUCAUUCCGGUUCGCAGGAUCAUUUAAAUAAUGAGCCGAAGAUAAAUCCCACCGGUUUCCAUCUAUACUCAUACGCUACCAAAAAUACAUCAAUUGUCGACUUGCAUUUCACACGACGCAAUUUGGUUCUGGCUGUGGGCGCUUAUAGGCAGUAG